CGUCAGAACUGUGGGAGAUGUCGAGUUUGUGUUGUAAAAAUAAUUAAUUUGUCGACGUUUUUGUGUAACAAUUAUGUGAAUAAUGAGAUGAAAGUGUAAAUAAAUAUUUUAUUAGUGUUCGCUAGUGAUUAUGGCGCAUAGUGGUGGUGUUUUAAGUUCAGAUAUAUCACGGAGAAAUCCUCAAGAUGAAUAUGAGCUGGUACAGAGGAUUGGUUCGGGCACUUAUGGAGAUGUCUACAAGGCGAAACGCAUCAACGGCAACGGUGACCUUGCCGCCAUCAAGGUGAUAAAACUGGAGCCGGGCGAUGACUUCGCGAUCAUCCAGCAGGAGAUACUGAUGAUGAAGGACUGCAGGCACCCGAACAUUGUGGCGUACUACGGGUCGUACCUGCGGCGCGACAAGCUCUGGAUCUCGAUGGAAUACUGCGGUGGCGGUAGCUUGCAGGACAUUUACCACGUGACCGGACCACUGACUGAAUUGCAGAUCGCAUACAUGUGCCGGGAGACACUAACAGGACUAUCGUAUCUCCACAGUAUGGGCAAGAUGCACAGGGAUAUAAAAGGCGCGAACAUACUGUUAACGGAAUGCGGCGAUGUGAAAUUGGCCGAUUUCGGUGUGUCCGCGCAGAUCACGGCGACGAUCAAUAAACGCAAGUCCUUCAUCGGCACGCCGUAUUGGAUGGCUCCCGAGGUUGCGGCGGUGGAGAGGAAAGGUGGCUACAACCAACUCUGUGAUAUAUGGGCUUGCGGAAUAACAGCUAUUGAGCUGGCGGAGCUGCAGCCGCCGAUGUUCGAGCUGCACCCGAUGCGCGUGCUGUUCCUCAUGUCCAAGUCGGGCUUCAAGCCGCCGCAGCUGAAGGAGCGCGAGCGCUGGUCGCAGCUGUUCCACGCCUUCCUCAAGCUGGCGCUCACCAAGAACCCCAAGAAGCGGCCGACGGCGGAUAAACUGCUGCAGCACGCGUUCUUCCAACAAGACAACAUGAGUAAGCGGCUAGCGAUAGAGCUGCUGCAGAAGUACUCCAACCCGCCGAGCCACUGCAACAGUCAGGAGUUGGACGAGGACGGGACGGUGCCCAACGUGCCGCAGCGCAUCGCGUCCAAGCACACGGGCCGCCGCCGCGUGCCCGACGCGAGCCGCCACCGCGCCAGCCUCCACGAAGAGCACCGCCGAUCUGGCGCGUACGACGACUCGCCGAUCAUAGAUCUGGACGCGGACGAUGAUCUCAGCGUAGCGUCUAUGCCCAAAGUGAUCAAUUUCAGUGCCGAUCUCAAUAAUAGCGGCGAUACCGUCAAACGGAACGCGUACCACAGGCAAACGAGCGAAGAAUGGAGCGUAGCGUCGUUAAUGACGUGUCCGAAACACAAUCCGUUAACGCAAGAGCUAUCGUCCGAUACGAUAUCCACCAGUGAAAACAAGUGGUGUCGGGUCCUCACUGGCGAUGAUAUAAUGCGAAUGAGUUUGAGGAGCCUCUUGCAAUAUAUUGACGAAGAGUUAAUGCUCAGGGCAACACUCCCGCUCACAGCGGACACGGCCGCGAUCUCGCAAGCCGGCAACACCGGCCUUUCGAUACACGACCACCACCUCUCGCAAUGUAUACAAUUAAAGCAGAACUAUUUAAAUAAUUCGACGACCAACGUGUACCAGAGUCUCACCAGCUUCCAAACGCCCAUGGGCGCGUCCAGCGUGUCCAUAGACGACCCGUUGUGUAGAAAAAUGGGCGACAGUGACAUUAUGUACGUCGAUCAGCAGGAUUCCGACACGGUGGCGGAUUCACCGCAGAACAGGAACGCGAAUUGCGAGUGCGGCCUCUGUCCCAAGCCGGAGUCGAAGGACGUGAACACGCUGAGCGACCUGCAGCGCUCCGUGGCGCCCAAGUGCUCGUGCGACGCGUGCAAUUCCAACGGCGACAUACUCAGCCACUACCGGCACUGCGCCAGCCAGAACCGCGACUCCGGGAUAAUAUACUGCGAGUCGUGCAAGAAGCAGAAGAUAUCCGUGUCGAAUUUUCGCGCGCUGCAAAUCGCGAACCGGUUGCAGAUCUCCGAUUCCGGCCACUUGGAGAACGGCGGCACUGACGAGGAGCUCUGCCGGGAAAUCGACAUCAGCUUGGACAUGGACGACAGAUACGAGCACAGGAAGCGGCACAAUCGGCACAAUCGCCACAACGCCGAUUCGGUGACCGCCGGCAUCGAUCUGAACCAAUUCUGCCAGUGCGAGCUGGACGCUGGUAAGAGGAAGACGUCGUCGGUGGAUGAGAUUUUCAAAAUGGUGGACGAGGACGCGGCUAAGUUGGAGGUCGCGGACGAACAGGUCAAGAGUCAGCGGCAGAGGAGCUUGUCGGACAGCCAGAGGGACAAGGCGAAGGUCGAGGGGGAGGGUACAACAACGCCCCCCGUCCCGCCCCGCAGGGCGAGGGGCAGGCGGGCCAGGAGUCCCGUGAGACCGGCACCGAAUGGUCUACCGCCAACACCUAAAGUUCAUAUGGGCGCUUGUUUCUCCAAGGUGUUCAAUGGUUGUCCAUUGAGGAUAAAUUGCACUGCGUCUUGGAUUCACCCGGAUACGAGGGAUCAGCAUAUCCUUAUAGGUGCUGAGGAGGGCAUCUACACACUGAACCUGAACGAGUUGCACGAAACGGCGAUGGACCAGCUCUGCCCGAGGCGCACCAUAUGGAUGCAUGUCAUCAAAGACGUGCUCAUGUCUCUGUCCGGCAAAACGCCGUCGCUGUACCGGCACGAGCUGCUCUCGCUGGCGGGCAGCGGGCGCGCGGGCGGCGCGCGCUCGCUGCGCGUGCUGCCGCCGCGCCUGCUGCCGCGCCGCUUCGCGCCCUCCGCGCGCCUCCCGGACACGCGCGGCUGCACGGCGUGCGCGGUGGUGCGCAACCCGUACAACGGCUACAAGUACCUGUGCGGCGCCACCCCCGCCGGCCUCUUCCUCAUGCAGUGGUACGACCCGCUCAGGAAGUUCAUGCUGCUCAAGAACAUAGAGUGCGUGCUGCCGUCGCCGCUGCUCGCCUUCGAGCUGAUCAUCACGCCGGAGUUGGAGUAUCCGUUGCUGUGCGUCGGCGUCACCAGGAAACCCAUGCGGCUCAAUUUGAUCAACAUCAACUCUGGGGCUACGUGGUUCCACUCGGACGAGCUGGAGGCGAGGCCCGGGGGCUCCAAUACGGUGGUGCCGAGGCCCGAGAGGCUCCACACGCUCAGGGCCGUGCACCAGCUGAAUAAGGACGCGGUGCUGGUGUGCCACGAGAACGUGGUGGACAUCAUCCCGGUGCUGGGCGGCGCGGAGGCGCGGCGCCGCGGCAAGCUGCCGCAGAGGAUCACCUUCGACUUCCAGAUCGACAGCAUCUUGUGCCUCGCGGACUCGGUGCUGGCGUUCCACCGGCACGGCGUGCAGGGCCGCUCGCUGCGGCACGCCGACGUCACGCAGGAGAUCGCCGACCGCUCGCGCGCCUACCGCCUGCUGGGCCGGGACAAGGUGGUCGUUUUGGAAUCGCACACGCUACAGAACAACACACUGUCGGGCGAAGACGGGAACGAUCUAUAUAUCUUAGCUGGACACGAGGCGUCUUACUAAUACCCUGGGUUCUUCAUACAUACAUACAGACUUAGUAUUUUCUUGUGUUUGAUUUUACGCGAGCAUUAUACAUUUAGAAAUUAAAAACUUUUUAACAGAUUUUAAACGCGAUUUAUUCAUUAUAUUAUCAACCCGACGUU